AUGUCAUCAAGUGAACAAACACCAGACUUUUUGUCGGUUGCUGGAUCAUCUUCGACGUUGGACGGUUCACCAAUUCCAUCGCCAAGAAGCCAUGCCGGUAGUCUGUCACCACAUCCAUCACCGGAUAUGAAGCCAAUGGCAUCGUUCCUCUCGAUCCACCACAAAGACGACGCCGACACACCACAACUACCGCUGCGCAUGACAUGGAACGACUUUGAAGUAGAGUACGAGCGUGAACGCGACAGUCUGCCAGCGGCACUCACCUUCCCAGUGGGUGAGGUAAUUGUGCGGCGUAUCGAGCGUUUUCCACGCUAUAUAUUCCCACCGACCGUUGGUCUGGUGAUGGGCGGCCUCGAACAGCAUGUUCGCGAUAUGAUUCAACACUUUUACAAAGACUAUCUGAUUGUUCAGCACAAGAGUAAUCUUGGCAGCAGCGGCAGCGGCGUAGGUGGAUCGCUCGGUGUGCGCAAACCAAGCGCAACAAAAUCACAGAGUUCCAUCUCGAUUGCAACACACGAUCUCAACGGAUCACAACCUCAACUACGCAGUCAUCUCUUCUCCAGUGGCAAGUCGAUAAACAAACAACUUUCGAAUCGACGACUUCCACUCUCUGAUUCUGGCGAUGAUGUUAUCAACAACAACACGCCAAUGUCACCAAUGUCACCAAUGUCACCAUCCAUCCAAAUCAAUACACCAUUAUCACCAAACAUAAAUUCAACACAAUCUUCACCCAACAUAUUAUCUACCAACAACAUAGAUCCAUUAAAACAAUUGAUUCCAGAAAGAUUUGGUUUGGAAUUACUUUGUGAAGUAAAAGAAUUGAAAUUCCUUCAGGAAAUAGAACCUUUCUUUUGUAGUUUGUAUAUUGUAGAUUUGGAGAAGCGCGAAAGAAUAUCAGAGAAUUUCAAUUUUCAUUUAAAUUCAAAGGGACUGCUAGAGUCGUUGAAGAUCAGUGACGAUCUCAAUAAUGGAUGGGCCAAUCAGAAGCAGGCGUUGUUCUCACUGAACAAAUACCAUCCGAAUAUGUAUUUUAUUUUGCGUGUCUAUCAUAUAUUCCGCGGCGACAUCGAGAAGGAUAUCAAACCCUACAUCAAAGACUACAAGAAACAAAACAAACAGAAUGUAAUAACACAAUUCAAAUCAGAGAUCGUCGAGAAAUGCACAAACUGGGGAUCCACUGAGCAAUCUCAGAUUCUCCAGCCAUUCGCAUGGGCUGCCUAUCCAGUAUUCCACAGACCAACACUUUCAAACUCAUCAUCCUCUGCCAAUCUUUUACAAUAUCUUCAACAACAACAACAACAAAAUAAUAACAAUAGCAAUAGCACACCAACUUUAUCAAGUCAAACAUUAUCACCAAACAACAACAAUCCUGUACAAUUAAAUUCUUCUUCAAAUUCCAAUCCAAGCUCAACUCCACCUUCACCAAACCCCAAUGGUUAUUCACCACCACUCGUGCCAAGUAUACCUUUGAAUCUUAACAAUGGAACUGGUUCUGUUAAGGCACGUAGUUUCACACCUCCAAUUAACAAUCAAGUUCCUUUGCCACCUCCUCUGCCGGGUUCGCCAGGUGGAGUCGCCAAUGGCGGCGGCACCGUCAGUAGUGGUGGACACAACAAGACAAACAUUGAAAUCGUUGGAAUGGUUCCAUGCACACCGAACCUCAGUGAUCGUUCCAUUUGUGAACUGCUAAACAACGACAAAGAUCUAAAGAAGCUGAAAACAGUACAAGCCAGCUUCACAAUGUCGAUUCGCUCGCUCGACGCCGACGACGAAUGUCGUGGACGUAUCUCUCCCUCGCUCAUCCCAAUGCUCCCACUCUCGAGUGAGCGUGAUAGCUUUAUUCGCGACAUUCAAGAUUUCACAGAGACACCCUAUCCCUUUGUCGACUACGUUAACAAUCUCUAUAUCUACCCAGAGACCGUCUUUAUCAAAUACAAAAACCCGAACCUACAGAUCCAGGUUCAGCUGAUUGAGGAUCUCGGCUGUCUGAAAGCGUUGCGUUAUGCCAAUCUCUCGCAGUUCUUCAAGCAUCUCAGCGGUACUCACGAUUCGAUUGGCAAGACAUUCGAAGUGGUCAAAGGUAUUCAAAAGAUCGAUCGAUUGAGUUGCGUACAAUUCUUCCCAAGCAUUCUAGAUCAACUCUUCCAAAUCAUGUGUUCAAGUGCCAAUGAUGUUGCAUCACAAGCAUUCUCAUCAAUCUUACAUGUUAUUAAAAUUGUUGAUGGUUAUGAAAAGAAAGCAGGUACAGAAAAGAGUAGAUUAUUAACUUACUAUUCAGAGUAUAUGUUUGAUUAUGUACCGGAUUCAAAGAAUGUAUAUGAAGAGUUAUGUAGACAAUGGGUCAAUGCAAUUAAUACAGGUAUUUAUGUUAAAGAUUUUAGAUUAAAUUGGUUCUUGUUUGAUAUUAUGACGAAAUCAAUGGCAUUAUCUUUGGCGAAUUCAGGUCAGUUGGAGAGUGACAUUGGUAGAGAGAAUCGAUUCAAGAUUGAAUUCCAAGAGAAUCUCAAUCGUUUAGUUCUAAAGUUACUUCCACAAUCCGAUUCCAAUGGAAUGUCCGUUCAAAGCUGGGAGUUCUUUACGAAAUUCCCUAAUUUCAUAAACAAUCUAUUCCCAUUAAUCGAUAGAGGUUUCUUAUUUAACUUGGUAUCUAGAAUCGUAACAACAUUCACAGAUGAUAAAGAUAAAGAUAAAGAUACCAUUGCAAUGAUAACUAUAAAGUUUAACUUUUUAAGAAUCAUUUCCGACUACGAUCAUUAUAUACCUUUGAACUUCCCGCUACCAAUCAAAGUAGUAGAUUCAAUUGCUGAUUUAACUACAAAGUUCUUUAAACGUCAUUUCAUUGCUGUUUUAUUGUUGAAUGAAGUUGAAGCAUGUCUUAAACAAAAUAAGAGCUCCAUCAGAAAUCAAGCUAUUCAAACAUUGAAACAGUUACUCAAGAAACAUCAUUUCGAUCCUCGUUAUCAACAACAAGAGAUACGUGAGAAGAUAGCAACUAUCUAUUUCCCAUUCGUUUUAAUGAUGGUUGAACAUUAUUCGAUAUUGAAACAUUCAUUGGAUUCUGUUGAAGUACCUGAUUGGUUGACAUGCUUUAUUUGGGUGUUGCAAUAUUGUAAUCGUGAUCUGCUGAGAGUUUGGUUUACAAAGGAAACAGAGACAAGACAGAAUAGCUUCCUCUCACUGAUUCUGUUGUCGCUAGAGACGUUCAAGGAUGAACCAUCGAUUCAUGAGAUCAUCUUGUUAGACAUUGAAAUCUGUAAGAUCAUUUUAGAUGAUUUCAAGUCGAUCGACGAUAAACUCUUCAAUAUGGUCAUCAACAACAUUCAACGAGCACUAUCGUUGUCGGCCAGUGACAUCGUGCCGGAGGUCUACAAGUUGAUACGCGAUUCUCUCAUACCUAAACACCCACAGCAUCUCUUUGAGAACACCAACAACAUCUGUGAGAUUCUCUGCUACGAGUUGCUGUGUGCUGCCGACUCACCGAAACUCUCGGUGGAAGCGGCCAGCUUGUUUUACUUCCUGUUGGAGCAGAACUUUGCUCGCACCACCAACGAUAUUCUUCGUAUGAAGAUUCAGUCGACCGUCGCCAUCUCCAAGUUGGUCGGUGAGUUGAAGCUGGAGAACUCGAGCAAUAUCAUCGUGUUUAUGAACAAGGUGAAGGAGUUGAUGAAGACACAUCCUUCGAGUGUCUUCAAGAGCCAGAUCGAAGAGGUGAUCAACCGUAUCAACACGUUGAUAAAGUAUAGCAAUACGAUCAAUGCCAAUCGUACCGAUAUCGAGAUGGUUGCAGAGAUGUACUACAACAUCUCCAAUAGCUACUUUGAGAGUCCGAACCUGCGUGUCACCUGGCUGGAGAAUCUCUCAAAGAAGAACUGUGACAACGGUCAGUUUGACGAGGGUGCACAGUGUCUCAUACAGAGUGCAUACCUCAUCUCGUGCUAUCUAACGCAAAAGUCAAAGCUGCACAUCAGACAGUCAGACUUUAUCGCCAUCUGUCCAAACAUUCCAAAGGAGUUGGAACUACCGCCACUCAAAGAUGAAUCGCUCUUCCAAACAUGGACAUUGGAAUACAUGGUUGAACUACUGGAGAAUGCAAUCUCACUAACUCUCAAAGCCAAUCGUUAUGAACUCGCCAUUGAAAUCUAUUCACUCAUCUCAAAGAUCUAUAAAUCCAAGAAGGAUUAUAAAUCACUGAUCAGUGUUCUCUCCAAUCAAAAGGUUGUCUGUGAGACACUGAUUGAGAAAACGAAGGAGAUACGAUUCCAACCAAAGUACUACCGUAUCAGUUUCCAAGGUGCCAAGUUCGAGGAGUUGGACGGCAAGGAAUACAUCUACAAGAAACCGGCCGAUUGUCUUUUGAAACACAUUCAAACGCAGAUUCGUGAACAUCUCUUUGAGAAGUUUGGUAAGAGCGACGAGUCUGUUGUUCUUCUGCCGAAUACUCCAUUCGAUCGCGCUUCACUCGAUAACGAUAAACUCUACUUCCAGAUCAUCACUGUCGAGCCAUACAUUGAAUUGUCGCAGUUGCAGCUGCCCGCUGCCGAUCCACUGGCGAACGGAUCGCAAUUCGACCAGUACUUUGGUGUUUCGCAAUUCAUUAGUGAGACUGCUUACAGUCAUGAAGGCAAAGCAAUCCAGGAGGAUCUAUCGAAGCAACUGAAAAAGAAGACGAUCUUCUCUGUCGAUCCAGCAUCGUUCCCCUACCUCAAGAAUCGUAUCGAUGUCACCUCGAAACGCGAGAUCAUUCUAUCGCCCAUUGAGAAUGCAAUUGAACUCAUCAAAGGACGUAUCGUCAAACUCAUUGAACAACUUCAAACACCAUCUCCAAGAAUCAAUCUUUUACAACAAGUCAUUCAAGGAAGUGUUUUCCCAAUGGUAAAUGAAGGACCAUUGAAGAUUUGUGAAGUAUUUUUAAGUAAGAGCAAUAGUUCACAGUAUAAUAGUGAACAUGUUGAUCAACUAAAGAAGGCAAUGGAAAGAUUUAUUCACUAUUGUGGUUGGACCAUCAAGUUGAACAAAGGUCUCAUUUCUCCACAGCACCAAGACUUCCAAAACAUGGUGGAAAAACAAUUUGAAUUGUACCCGGGUAAUAUCACUACAUUCCCAAAGUCAGAAACUCAUGUUUUCGAAGGUCAAUAUAACUCUAUCAUUACAGGAAGUAGUUUCAUUGGGAAUGUUGCCAACGAAGAAGGUUCAGGAGGUGCUAUCUAUCUCUCUUUGGGAUUGGUAACCAACAGUCAAUUCAAAUCUAACACCGCAGGUCUGGGUGGUGCCAUCUACAACGAAAUUGUUUCAGAUGAGGGCACUGUAACCUGUUUGGUGAAUGAAACCCUUACAUCGUGUCAGAGUUAUAAUAAUGUAGAUCAAGUUUGUGGUACAAUUGUUCAAUGUAUUAAUUAUCAAGCUGAAAUAGUUCAAGACAAUCCAUUGAUUACUACAACAAUAAUCGUUUUGGCCGAUGAUGUUUCUCAAGAUUGUCCGGGUAAUGUCACUACAUUCCCACAGUCCGAAACUCAUAUUUUCAUUGGACAAAACAACACUGAAUAUAUAUGUUUUGAAAGUUUUAUUACAGUAGAUUUGCAAAUCAACACCAAUAUCAUUUUUGCUAGAUUUAAUUUGAGCAGCUUUGGUAUUAAUGGUAACCAAUAUGGUGGUCUCAUAUCAAUCACAUAUGAAGGUGCCGGAGUUGGUCCAUUUGUUAUUUUCGACAAUGUAACCGUUGGAAAUUCCAAAACAUCUGGUGAUGGUGGUUGUGUGUAUGUAGAUGGUGCUUCACUCUCUAUUAUAAAUUCUACUUUCUCAGGCUGUCAAUCAGGUUCCUAUGGUGGUGCCGUUUCUACUGGUGAGAAUACACAGUUUAUCAGCAUUGUAAACUCUUCUUUUAGUUCAAAUAAUGCUGCUUUGGGUGGUGCCAUCUACAGUUAUAACCAAUUAAUGGCAACCGAAUGUACAUUCACGAUGAAUUCAGCAUUAACUGGUGGAGCCAUAGCCUCUAACACAGUCAAUAUCUUUGGCAGUACUUUCAUUGAGAAUGUCGCUAAACUAGAUGGUGGAGCUGUCUAUGCAAUUGGAAAUGAUAAUACCAUUGAAUUCAGUGGUUUCUUUGGAAAUGUUGUCAAUGAAGAAGGUUCAGGAGGUGCUUUGUAUAUCGCAAUGGGAUCGGUAACCAACAGUCAAUUCAAAUUGAACUCUGCAGGAUCAGGUGGUGCCAUCUACAGUGAAAAUGGAGAGUUAGUGGUCGCAAAUUCUACAUUCAGCACCUGUAGAGCUUUAGACUAUGGAGGUGCUAUUCUCUCUGGCGGAUCACUCAAUGUUGAUAAUUGCACAUUUGUUAAUCAACUUUCUUUUUAUGGUGGUGCCAUUACGAUUGGAAACACAAACACCAAUAUUGAAAUAACAAACUCCAUCUUCUUUGCCAAUCAAGCCACAAAUGGAGGUGCAAUCGUAACUUCAAUGGAAGCAGGUGCUAUUUAUUUUACAAGUGCUUAUUCAAAGUUAACUGGUGGUAAAUUCAUUUAUAACAAAAACGAACUUUAUGCUAAAUCAAAUACCUUUAAUAUUGAUGCUAUCCCAGCUUCACUUCAAAUUGUUAAUGUAUCGACUUCCCUCAUUAUGGAUCAAGUUAUUUAUAAUGUACCAAUUGUAAUCGAUGAAACUAUGGAAUAUCCACUUGCCUAUGGUGUUUUUGGUCAUCCAUGUAUAGAUGGUAUUGCAACUAUUUCUUUAGAUGGUUAUGUCGAAGACUGUCAAUACUUUAAUAAUUAA